GUUUGUGACAGACCUGUUUGUGGACGUGCUAUUGAGGGGCCACCGGGUCCGCGCGGCCCCUCACUAAAGUGGCUUUGUCAAUAUUAGCGGCACCACUUGGGGGGGAAGUUUAUAAUUGGACACGUGUUUUUCCUGCUUUUUGUGAUUUGGAGAUCGACUGAUCCCUUUGUGUUCCGUUGUAAAAGCAAUGAGCGAUCGCCGAGGAGGAGUGGAGAGUCUCGAGAGUUUCUCUUUCAGCCUGUAGAAAGGACGCGGGCCGAGGAAGUAUUUAACCCGCGGACGCGCUGGGAGCCGCCGGCUGAAGGCAGUGAACGCACCAUGGAGGAUGUUCUGUUCGACUUGGACCAGGAUGGCGCCACCGAUUUCGCCUUCUGGGGUCAACUGGAGCAGAAUAUCCAGUUCCAGACGCAGCUGGACUCCUUCCUGCUGGACUGCACCGCCAGCGGGCAGCUCUCGCCCUGGUCCACUUUCGGGGGCCAGACCGUGUUCCCGGACGCCCAGCUCAGCCUCACCGACCUGGACAUGCAGUCCCCGGCAGCGGGGGUCCUGGCCGAGACCGAGGGGUGCCCGGCGGACGACCCUCUGGAGGUGAGCAAGAGGCGGGCGCGCAGGAUGGUGACCCACCAGCCCUACAAGGUCCAGCGACACGCCGCCAACAUCCGGGAGAGGAAGAGGAUGCUGAGCAUCAACUCCGCCUUCGAGGAGCUGCGCUGUCACGUCCCGACCUUCCCGUACGAGAAGCGGCUGUCCAAGAUCGACACCCUGAGACUGGCCAUCGCCUACAUCGCCUUGCUCAGAGAGAUCCUCAUGUCGGGAUCCGACCCCAAGUCCUACGUGGACGAGUGCAUGAAGAACGGAUACAAGAACCAGACCAACGCCAUCUGGAACACCAGCGAUCUGACAGCCCGACUCUCCUGGAUAAAGUGGGAUUAAGCGAGAGGCGCAGGGCACCCACCGAAAUGGCAGGCUGGAGGCCGUGUCCCUCCCCCUUGCCCUCCUUCACGUCAAAGACAGGAGGCCCGCUGACUGGCCCCAGCCGAGAUCCGACAUCUGCGGACUUCUCACCGGGUCGCUCACCUCCGGCUUUCUCCGCUGCGUCCCGCCUGGCUUUUAAUAUUGUAAUUUAUUGUUGACUGGUAAUUGAGAGCCAUUGUUUCUGGGUCUGAGGAGGGAGCAAGUGGAUGGCUCUCGUCCCGGCGGGGAGGGUGCACGCUGGCAUGAGAGUGAAAGGCCUGCCAGGGUCUCAUACUUCGGCAUGUCAGGCUCAAGUGUUUUCUGCUCCCUGGCUCUUUAGUGUGCAGGUCGAUGUGUUGAACAAGCAGCUUGAUGAUGUAAAUGAGACGAUCGACUGCGCCUCCUCUUCUCUCAGCCACCUAUUUAUUUAUUUAUUUAUUCUCACUCAUCGCCUAUUUAUGAGCUAUUUAUUUUGUCGCUUCACUCCUCUAUUUAUUCCCACAGUUCUCAAUGUUGACUGAGCAGAAUGUUGUUUUAUUUGCACGUGU